AUGAUGGAUAUCGAUCGCGCACGAACUCGGAGAGAGCGCACCUUUGUCGGAAGUGUAUGCGCCGUAUGCGAUGAGCCAUUGGAACACACCUUGCGCGGCGAACGAAUCUUACAGUUUUCAUGUACUCAUGUGUCGCAUGAAGCCUGUUUCUACGAGUAUAUCAAGGAAUUCGAAUCCCAAUACUGUCCAACCUGUAAUGCGCCGCUAGGUUUGGACACGAGUCGAGGUGGGAAUGUCUUGGAUAUCGAGAAACUGAGUAACAUAGUCCGCUCUGCGUCAAUUAGCGACGCUGGAACAACUCGAAGCGGUCUGGCCACGCCGACACCGUGGGACCAUCGUAGCCAUCAGCAGUCCCAGCAAGAAAAUCACAGGUCAUAUCAAAUGCAGCAUCAGCAGCAACAACAUGACCAUAACUUCAGCAGGCGGGAUAGUCGUGACACCGGUAGUCACACCGGUAGUCACGCUGGUAGUCACGCUGGUAGUCACGCCGGUAGUCACGCUGGUAGUCACGCUGGUAGUCAACGCGAAAGGGUCGAGCGGUUGAUAUCCAACAGUUCUCGAAGACAGACGAGCCAUAGCCGUCAAGACAGUGGAAACACAGGCGUUGCGUCGUCGGGUGAAUACACCGAUGGACAGCAACAGAGCACUGGCCGGCGACACGAUUACGACGUACAAGCCAUGGAAUCGGAUCUGAGUCCACGGUCUGGCGUAAUCAAAAACCCGAUUCCUGCUCCUAUUGUCACUGUGCGUAGCGAGUUUCCUACGCUCAGUCGCUCCCGGCAACAGCAACCUCUUACCUGUUUGGUUACUGUAGAAGUUCCAGAUGGCCAUUGGCGACCGGAUAUGGAGGACCUCCGUUUCACGCCUCUCCAUGCUCAGCUUCCUCCGGAAGAUGUGUAUUCGCCCAUUCGUUCUCCAACUGUCGCAUCAAGCCGUUCUAUCCCUGCAGAGGCUCGUGAGAACUUGGAUGAAAUUGCGGAGGAUCUCCAUUUGCGAGUUGAGAAUUGGCAUGGGCUUGAAUUCAACCGAUUUGGAAAACUCCGUUUACACGGAUUACUUAAUGUUGGCAAAGAUCGCGAGUCGUGGCAAGAGCUUGAAUGCUUUUUGUUCGAUGAAAUGCUCAUCUGCGUAAGAGAAAAGAAAUUAGCUUCUGAUGCAGCUGCGUACGGAUCGAAACGUAAAACCACCCGUUGCACAUUAAAGGGCUCUAUUCUCAUCAAAAAACAUUUGCGUGAGGUCGAAGUGGUAACCGAGGAACCAAUUCUUACCCUGAACCUCUCCGUCAGUGACCUACCCUGCUUCCAUCUCCGAUUCCAAAACAGGGGCCAAUUGGAUGUAUGGCGCCGCGCUUUUACAGGAUUACACAAUCCCGAACAUCUCAGGGAUUACGAUGCCGACAGUGGAAUUCCAGAAGAGGAUGAUUAUCGCACAACAAAAACCAAUAAACGCCAGUCGUCAGCGACAUCGUCCUACGGUGCUAAUAAGUCCAACAACACUGCUUUGACAGAAUACACCAAUUCGAUGCGAGAUCCGGGUCCCGCCAGUUUCCAUGUUCCACUAGACCUGGUUGUUGUGAUACCCGUUUCAUCAUCUAUGCAAGGGUUGAAAAUUACUCUGCUGCGCGAUGCAUUGAAGUUUCUAGUACAGAAUCUAGGACCCCGCGAUAGAAUGGGCUUGGUUACUUUUGGAUCGAGUGGUGGUGGUGUACCUCUUGUUGGGAUGACUACCAAAGCAUGGAAUGGCUGGGGCAAGAUUCUAAACUCGCUGCGACCCGUUGGCCAGAAGAGCUUGCGGGCGGAUGUUGUUGAGGGUGCCAAUGUUGCUAUGGAUUUGUUGAUGCAGCGAAAGUCCAACAAUCCUAUUUCAACUAUUCUACUCAUUAGUGAUUCUUCAACUUCUGAUCCGGAAAGUGUCGACUUUGUUGUGUCACGAGCGGAGGCCGCUAAGGUUGGAAUUCACUCCUUCGGCUUGGGACUCACCCACAAACCCGACACAUUAAUUGAACUAUCAACUCGCACCAAGGCGUGCUACACAUACGUCAAAGACUGGAUGAUGCUUAGAGAAUGUGUCGCCGGUUGUCUUGGCUCCCUACAAUCGACUUCACACCAAAAUGUCAAGCUUAAGCUCCGGUUACCAGAAGGCUCACCAGCCAAGUUUGUCAAGAUUAGCGGUGCUCUGCACACGACAAAGCGUGCCACCGGAAAGGACGCCGAAGCUGCCCUUGGCGAUUUGCGAUUUGGCGACAAACGAGAUAUCCUCGUACAGCUUGUCAUUCAGCCUGAUAAUGCCACACAGGAACAUGUUCCUCAAGACCCAUGGCAGAGUCUUGUGUCUGGUCUUGAGGCACUCGGAGGCGGUUCUGACGGUGACGAGCAGCGAGUCGUCAGUGUUGAAGAAGUUCCACUGAUUCAAGCUGAUCUCACGUACGGCGAUAUCCUUCGCGAGGGACAUUUGACGCAUUCUCCUCGUCCUUCGCUCCUGGCGAUAACCAUGCUUCCUGCCAACCCCCGAUCCAAGCAUGGAGGACGACCUGCCACACCUCCUAUCCCUCCCCAUCCAUCAAUCGUACAACGACGAAUGGAACUAUUAGCAUCCGACAUGCUAACAAGGGCACUGACCCUUGUCUCUCGCGGUCAACAUGACCGUGCCCAACACCUCCUGAACGAAACCCGAAGUAUUCUCAAGGGUCUCGGAAAAGGAGGCCUCCCACCACUUCCUCCCGGUGCUACCAAACCUGGUAACUCUCACGGUCUCCUGACCGACUCGAACAGUCCUUCUGGAACACCUACUUCUACAUCUCCGCGCUCAUCCCACUUCCAAGAAACCAACAGUUCAUCCGCUGCAUCUGAAACGGCUACUAUCACGCCCGUUGCCGCGGUUGAUCAACAUGUCAUGGCGGCGCUAGAUGCGGAUCUGGAAGCAGCACUAGAAUGGAUCAACCAUCCAGCUGUGUUUGGACGCGAUUCUCGAAAAGCUGUUCUUCAAGCUAUUGGGGUCGUUUCGUCGCAGAGAGCCUUUACAUAUCGCACGCCGUCGGAGGCGUUGUGGUCUGAUCGUGUGGCUGGUGUGAAGAGGUUGACCGAUAAAUCCAAGGAAUGGCGUGAGAUGGGCGAUGAUGCCCUGACUGAGGAGUAAUGCCUUCAUUUCUUGAAUAUAUCAAUCUCAUACCUACGAGUCAUGAAUCUUGUUCCAUUACUUUUAUCUUCCUUUCUUCUACAUUUACAUAUUUACUAUUCGGAUUCCCUUUCUUAUCUAUGAUACCAUUUCGUUUCAUUCAGGUCGCGUUGCCUCUCUAUUCUAAGGUCCAGGGGGUUCAUGUGUGUGUUUUUGGUCGUGGUCUGUGUUGGUGUAUAUCAGUUCUUCCCACUGUUCUGUGAUAUAUUGCUAUGUCUGUCUAUAAUGUCUCUUGUACGUGCA